UCUAUAACUGCUUUCUCAAAACUUUCUUCUCCUAGCCCAUGUCGCGGGACUUUGGGAGUGUCGUUCUCGUAGCGCACAUUUGAAAUCGAUCCUCCAAUGUUAUCUUCGGUGUGCUUGACCCACGGGCUUUCCACUAGAUAUUGCGCGGCAGUACCACGUACCGUGUAGUCGUCCGAGUGAGUGGCCUAAACUGGUGGGUGAUGAGUUAGAGUUACGAAGUUUUUUUUUUUUCGGCACACGCUUAGUGUCGUCUGACUGUCGGGGGAUGACCGCCGUUGUCAAAGCUGGUGGUGUUGUGUAUCGGCACCAAGAAGUACGUCUUUCGUAUUUUCGUUUCUCUCCUGAAGAAUCUCUUCUGUCCAUGCGCAGACAUUUCGCUCCGGUGAAGAAAUCUCCGUUGUAGGUCUCCGCAGCAGCAUUGCGCUCUCGCCUUUGAGUUUGACGGCACUUCUGACGCCUAUAGAUUGUCCUUCUAUACCCCGUUAAUCUCCAGAAAGCUCUCAGUUUCGUGCUCCCAGUCCUCCGACUCUUCUAAUUUCUAUUCCCACUUGAGUCUUUAGACCCUUCGACAAAAUAGUCACACCUUCGUGUAGCUGCUGCGAUCGUCAGCGUCGCCGUUCGUGCUUAGUCACGUCUCUUAUAACGACGUUGCGGACACCUUCACUUUUGACACCCUUCCUUUUCGACGUCUUCGUUUAUCCGACGCUUUCACCUCUAACCCUGUUGGCCUUUUACCUUGUGUCGUUAGCUUCUCCUUUCGGCGUCCAAUCCGGCACUGAAAUAUACCCGCUUCCGCUUCUCGGGUCGCCGUUAAGUUUUGAGGCGCCUCAAAACUUCUCCUUUCGGCGUCCAAUCCGGCACUGAAAUCUACCCGCUUCCGCUUCUCGGGUCGCCGUUACAUCUUGGCGUUAGAGUCUUGCGGCCUAGUUUCUCCACUCUUGUGCUUCUAGUGAAGGCACCGUAUGGAGGAAACACCCGACAGUCACGCUGACCCGCCUCCGGAGCCAAUGGAGGGCGUGGAAACGGAGCAACCUGCGGAAACGGCGGCUGCGGAAGCGGCGGCGGAGCCAGGAUCGACCGCCGCCGAAGAGUUCGAGGCGGGUGAUGCGGGUUUGCCGGCGUCCGAUGCGGCGCCUGAUGCGGCGCCAGAUGCGGCGACAGAUGCGGGUUAUCCGGCGCACGAGAGCGCGGUAGCGGCGGCGGCGGCGGAGCUGGAAGGCGAGGGGAAGGACGCGGAAGGAGCGGCAGCGCCGACGACUGUGAUAACGGAAGAUGCGGAGAACCUGUUGGACGACAUGCUGGGAGAGUCAGAGGCAGCUCCCGAACCUGCUGCCGAGCCUGUUAUCGAGCCUGCUUCCGAGCCUGCUACGCAGGCUGCUGCUGCCGAAGGUAUUCCUGCAGAGGCUUCGGGAGCUCCAAUUGAUGAUGCUGGUCUGGACUUUCCAUCCGAUGCUACCCCCGAGAUCCCUCCCACUGUUGCAGAAGUGACUGCAGAGAAAACGGCUGUUGCAGAGGAAACUGUUCCUGUAGAGGGGUCCGAGCACCAGACGGAGCACCAGAGAGAGCACCAGACCGACGCGUCACAGUUACAAGAGGGGGCGGAGCACCCUGUAGCGGGGAUGGGCAUGGAUGUGAAGCAUGAUGGGGCAGGGCGAGAAGGAGCAAACGCUGUGGCGGAUGCUGCGAACGAGCAGCAGCAGGAGGGAGGGGAUCUUAUAGCGGGGAUGGGCAUGGACGUGAAGGUUGAUAAGGAAAGGCUGGAAGGGGAGCAGGUGGGGGGGGGAGGUGAGGGGGUGAUGGGGGGAGAGGGGACAGAAGGGCAGGUGAUGGGAGGAGAAGGGCAGGUAAUUGGUGGAGAGGGGCACGUGAUUGGCACAGAAGGGCAGGUGAUGGAGGGAGAAGGGCAGGUGGCGCAGGGAGGGGAGCAGAUCGCGCAAGAAGAGCUGGGCGGGCAGCAGGAGGAGGGGGGGGGACACCCCGAGUCACAGGUGGGUAUGGACUUAAAGCCUGAUGGGGAAAUGCAGGACCGGGAACAGAUGGGGGGAGAAGUGCUUAUGGCGCAGGGAGGGGAGCACCUGGAGGGGGAAGGGCAAAUGGCGCAGGGAGGGGAGCAGAUGGCGCAGGAGGGGGUGGGCGAGCAGGGGGGAGGAGGGGGAGCCGAGCAUUAUGGGAAGGGGUAUGGGGGGCAAGAGCAUGGGGGUCAGGAAUAUGGGGCCCAAGAGCAAGGGAUCCAGCAGCAUGGGGGGGAUGACCAUGGGGGGCAAACGUAUGCGGAACAGGGAUAUGCGGGGCAGGAGUAUGUGGGGGAGGGUUAUGUGGGCCAGCAGCAGCAGGGACAGGAGUAUGUGGGGCAGGAGCAGCAGGGACAGGAGUAUGUGGGGCAGGUUUAUGCGGGGCAGGUGCUAGGAGGAGAUGUGGAGAUGCAGGAGCGGCAGGAAGGGACGGAGGCGGUGUAUGCAUCUGGUCAGGAAGGGCCGGUUAUCGGAGGAGAAGCAGCACCUGCUGCUGCUGCUGCUGCUGCUGGAUCUGCCCAAGCUGACGCGGACGCACAUGCAGCAGCUGUCGCAGCAGCCGAGGAUGCAGCAGCAGCGGCAGCAGCAGCAGGUGGAGGUGGGGGAGCAGCGCAUGAGGGGUAUACGCAGGAGGGGUACACGGAGGCGAUGGCGCCGGACGGAUAUACUGAGGGGCUUCCUGAGGGGCAGAGUCAUACGAUGGAAGGGUAUGCUCAGGAGGGGGGGCAGACUCAGCCCCCUGAAGGGUAUACACAAGAGGGCCAGACGUAUGAAGGGUAUGCUCAGGAGGGGACUCAUGGGGGCUAUGCGCCAGAGGGUGAUCAUGCAUAUGGGGUGGGGGGAGACGCAGGAGGGUAUGCAGAGGGGCAGAUGGAGGGCCACGCGGAGGGGCAGAUGGAGGGCCACGCGGAGGGGCAGAUGGAGGGACACGUGGAGCAGGGAGGUUUGGAGCAUGCAAUGUUAGCAGGAGACGGAGGCGCAGGAGGAGAGGGAGCAGCAACAGCAGGAAUGGCAGCAGGAGAAACAGCACCAGGGGAGGCAGCAGGAGGAGGGGAAGCCGUGGGAGUGGCAGCAGAGGGAGGAGGUGCAGGCAGGAUUGAGGUGGCUCUGACUAGGGCAGAGACAGAGGCAGGGGACCGUGCGCUGUCUAGUGUGGAGGCAGCGGACCGUGCGCUGUCUAGUGUGGAGGCAGCGGAUCGGAUUCUGAUGCAGCAGCAGCUGCCACAGCCGCCACCGGGGCCAGCAGUGGGCAACCUGAUGCUGCUGCCCAUGCUGCUGGAUCAAAUCGAAGCCCAUAUUCUCUUCUAUGGACGCAUCUUUCGCAAGGAGCCCUUGGAGGAGGAGCUGCGGAAUCUCGUCUUUGCUGCCAUGCCGUCUGACCUAGGCACACCAGAGCACGAGCGUUGGCUCGAAGUGGUGGAGGCCUGGGAGGAGCGCAAGCGCAUGAUUGGCUACCAAGCCUCCGGCGGCCGAGGCAGGGGGAGAGGCCGGGGCCGAGGCAGGGGCAGGGGCAGGGGGAGGGGGCGGGGGAGGGGGAGGCGUGGCGCAUAUGCCACCCAUGGGGGGGGGUAUGGGGGGCGGGGGGGGUAUUUGGGGGAAGAAGGGGAGGAGGGGGGUCCAGGGGGGUACUUGGCAGGGGGGAUGAGGAGGGGAGGUGUGUGGGAUGCUGAAAUGGUGGAGAGAGAUGAAGGGAACCCCGGGGAAAUCGACGGGGAUAUUCCCCACAGGAAGUACCGGGUUGGCCCGAGAAUACCAGCAGAGGCGCAGAAACUGGGGGCGGUUCUGGGGAGGGCGGCGUGGGGGAAGGAGGAGGAGGAGGAGGCUAGGGAGUAUCUGCUGGGGCUGGCCCCGGAUAGGGAGAUUGCUGCUGAGGCUGCUGGGAGGGCUGCUGCUGCUGCUGCUGCGGCAGGGAAGCAUGCUGCUGCGGCACUGGGGCUGGUGCGUGCUGAUGGGGGGGAGGGGAAGGGAGGACUGUGUAUGAAGGAUGAGGUUGCUGUUGGUGGUGCUGGUGGUGGGGGUGUUAGUGAUGCGGCUGCUGAUGGUGGUGCUGGCUCUGCUGCUGCACCUGCUGCUGAUACUGCUGGUGGUGUUGGUGGUGGUGCUGCUGCUGUGGGUGCUGGUGCUGGUAGUGAUGCGGGCGGUGCUGUUGCUGCUGUGGGUGCUGGUGCUGUGAUGCGGGCGGUGCUGUUGCUGCUUGAUGCGGGCGGUGCUGUUGCUGCUGUGGGUGCUGGUGCUGGUAGUGAUGCGGGCGGUGCUGUUGCUGCUGUGGGUGCUGGUGCUGGUAGUGAUGCGGGCGGUGCUGUUGCUGCUGUGGGUGCUGGUGCUGGUAGUGAUGCGGGCGGUGCUGUUGCUGCUGUGGGUGCUGGUGCUGGUAGUGAUGCGGGCGGUGCUGUUGCUGCUGUGGGUGCUGGUGCUGGUAGUGAUGCGGGCGGUGCUGUUGCUGCUGUGGGUGCUGGUGCUGGUAGUGAUGCGGGCGGUGCUGUUGCUGCUGUGGGUGCUGGUGCUGGUAGUGAUGCGGGCGGUGCUGUUGCUGCUGUGGGUGCUGGUGCUGGUAGUGAUGCGGGCGGUGCUGUUGCUGCUGUGGGUGCUGGUGCUGGUAGUGAUGCGGGCGGUGCUGUUGCUGCUGUGGGUGCUGGUGCUGGUAGUGAUGCGGGCGGUGCUGUUGCUGCUGUGGGUGCUGGUGCUGGUAGUGAUGCGGGCGGUGCUGUUGCUGCUGUGGGUGCUGGUGCUGGUAGUGAUGCGGGCGGUGCUGUUGCUGCUGUGGGUGCUGGUGCUGGUAGUGAUGCGGGCGGUGCUGUUGCUGCUGUGGGUGCUGGUGCUGGUAGUGAUGCGGGCGGUGCUGUUGCUGCUGUGGGUGCUGGUGCUGGUAGUGAUGCGGGCGGUGCUGUUGCUGCUGUGGGUGCUGGUGCUGGUAGUGAUGCGGGCGGUGCUGUUGCUGCUGUGGGUGCUGGUGCUGGUAGUGAUGCGGGUGGUGCUGUUGCUGCUGUGGGUGCUGGUGCUGGUAGUGAUGCGGGUGGUGCUGCUGCUGAGGGCGUUGGGAAGGAAAUUGGCGCCAAGGGAGCAGAUACAAUGGAUAUUGACACAAAGGAAGGUGAUACAAAGGAAGCAGCGAAGGGAACUGAUGAAAUGGGGACAGGCACAGUGGGAGCGGAUACAAACGAUGCUGCUGCUACAGCUGAUGCUGCUACAGCUGAUGCUGCUACAGCUGAUGCUGCUACAGCUGAUGCUGCUACAGCUGAUGCUGCUACAGCUGAUGCUGCGACAGCUGAUGCUGCGACAGCUGAUGCUGCUACAGCUGAUGCUGCAGCUGAUGCUGCUGCUACAACUGAUGCAGCGGAUGCAGCUAAGGGAGUCGAUGAGAAGGGAGCAGACAUGAUGGAAACGGAUACAAAGGAAGCUGCUGCUACGACUGAUGCUGCUGCUACAACCGAUGCUGCUGCAGCUGCUGCUGCUGCUACAACCGAUGCUGCUACAGCGGAUACAGCAGAAGCAGGUAAGGGAGCUGACGAAAAGGGAGCAGACACAAUGGAAACGGAUACAAAGGAAGUUGCCGCUACAACUGAUGCUGCUGCUAUAACCGAUGCUGCUGCUACAACUGAUGCUGCUGCUGCUGGUGCAGCUACAGCUGAUGCUGCUACAACCGAUGCUGCUGCAGCUGACGCAGCUGAUGCAGCUGCUACAACCGAUGCUGAUGCAGCUGAUGCAGCGGAUGCAAAGGAAGCUGCUGCUACAACUGAUGCUGAUGCUGCUACAACUGAUGCUGCUGCUGCUACAACCGAUGCUGCUACAGCUGAUGUAGUGGAAGAAGCUAAAGGAGGAAGUGAUGAGAAGGGAGCAGACACGAUGAAAACGGAUACGAAGGAAACGGAAGUGAAGGGAACUGCAGAAGAAACAGGAGCUGCAGAAGUUGCAAAGGAGGAGGAGCAAGCAGAGGGAAGCAGUGCCGAUGCUCCUGCUGCUGCCACUGCUGUUGAUGCUGCUGCUGCUGCUGCUGCUGCUGAAGGGGCUGCUGUCACUGCCCCUGCUGUUGAUGCUCCUGAUGCUGGUACUGCUGACGAGGCUGCUGCCCCCCCCACCUCUGUUCCGGCUGCUGCUACAACCGAUAUCGAUUCUGCUACAGUCGAUGCUGUUACAACUGAAGCUGCUGCUACAACAGAUGCUGAGAUGGUUGCUGGUACAACGGAAGCUCCUACUAUUGAUGCUGCCGAAACUGAAGUUGCAACCAGUAAUGUUGCUGCUGCAACCGAUGAUGCUACUGCUGUUGUUGCUACAACUAAUGCUGCUCCCGCCGAAGCUUCCACUAAUGAUGCUGCUGCUGCUACAACCGAUGCUGCUAAAACCGAAGCUGCUACAACUGAUGUUGCUCGAGCUGAAGCUGCUGCUACGGAUGCUGUUACAGUCGAUGCUGCUACAACCGAUGCCGCUACAGCUGAUGCCGCUACAGCUGACGUCGUUGCAACUGAUGUUGCUGGGACUAAUUCCGCUACAGUCGAUGCUGCUACAACCGACACUGCUAUGACUGAUGCUGCCAUACCUGCUGCCACAACUGAUGCUGAUGCGACCGAUGCUGCUGCAGCUGAUGGUGCUGCUGUUAUAACCGAUGCUGCUACAGCUACCGAGGCUGCUGCUGCUGCUCUCGGCACUGCUCCUGCUGCUACCACCGACGCUGCUGCUGCGGCCGCUAUUCCUCCUCCUCCUCCUGCUGCUGCUCCUGCCACAACAGCUGCUGCUACCGCCUCUGCCCCUGCUCCCACCAAGCCCACCGGCCCCCUCCUGGACGGCUGGUGCGAGGCAGCAGACCGAGCCCUCCUAAUGGCAAAGGACUCAGCAGUGAGCGCAGGCAAAGCCAUGCUGGCUCUAGACCGUGACCUGGAUGCCAUGUGGCAAGAGCUCUAUGAGGUGGACAACUGCCACGUUGAGGCUGACAGCUCAGCAGGCAAGCUGGCAGCGCAAGCGCUAGCCGCUGCUGCUGUUGCCCGCGCCUCUGCCGCGGCUGCUAAGUCUGCGUGGGACUUAGUAAAGUAUUACCGGGGGAAGGUGGGGUGGAUUUUGAUGGAGGAGGAGGGUAGGGCGUGGAAGGAGGGUGGGGGGGGGAGAGGGGGGAGGAAGGGGGAGAGAGGUGGGAUAAAGUAUGUCUUGGCGCUGCCGGUUAAGCCGAGGCGAGUGAGGAGGACCGCGAGAGAGCUAGGGAAGACGGUGGAUGGGGCAUGGGAGGAGGAGGAUGAUGAGGAAGAGGAGGUGGAAGGGUUAGAGGGGGUGCAAGGGGCGUCUCCGAUGGACGAAUCAGGAGCUGCCACGUGGACGGAGGAGGAAGGGUUUGGGGUAGGGGGAGGAGGAGCGGGGGGGAGGGGGUUGGGGGUGGGGGUUAGCCCUGUUGCGUUUCAGGGGUAUGAGGGGACGCCCGGGGGAAGGGGAAGGGGGAGGGGGAGGGGAAGGGGAAGGGGAAGGGGUAGGGGCAGGGGAAGGGGGAGGGGGAGGGGGAGGGGGAGGGGGCGUGGGCGGAAAUCUAUUUGGGAUGAGGGGGAGGAUGAAGGGGACGAAGGGGGGGAGUGGCGGAUGGGGAAGAGAACUAGGAGUGAGAUGGAGGGAGGGGAGGAGUAUGAGGAGGAGGAGGGAGGAGAGGAGGAGAGGGAGGAGGAGGGGCAGAUUCUGCGGCAUAAGUUCAGUGUGGGGUCCUUCGUUGAGGUUGCUUCUAACGAGGAGGGUCUAAGGGGCAGCUGGUUCACAGGCACGGUGCUGCAGAUAGUGGGAGGCAGGGCGCUGGUGCGCUAUGACGAGCUGUUGGACGACGAUGGCACGCAUCAGUUGGAGGAGUGGGUGUUGGUCUCCCCGCCCUCGCCCCCUAUGGGCGACGCCUCUCGCUUUGUCUCAGGGGUCCCUUCCACCCGUCAGAGGAGGGACGAGGAGCCCGAGAGGCGGAUUCGGCCCGGGAGGGAGAGGGGGAGGAGACGGAGGGUUGCGAUGGGGCGAGUGUGGGCCGUGGGAGAUAGGGUGGAUGCGUGGGUGGAUGACGGGUGGUGGGAGGGAGUGGUGACAGCAGUGGACACACAGGGGGCCAACCUCAGGGGCUUUACUGUGGAGUUUCCAGGUUACGGCGAGAUGGGGCAGAAGCAGGUGCGGCCGUGGGAACUCCGCCCCUCCAUGGUGUACGACACCCAGGGGCACGUGUGGCAGCUGGUCAAAGUCAAGGGGGUGUCUCUUGCUGCUGUUGUGGGGGGAGUGGGUGGAGAGGAGGAGGAAGAGGAGGAGGAGGUGGAGUAUUUGGGGGAGGAUAAUGAUGCUCCAAUCGAACUGGUGGAGAGGCCACGGAAGAGGGGCCGGCCGCGCUUGUACUGAGGGGGGUGUGACGAAGGAUAGGGGCGGCAGCUGAUGACAGAGUUGCCAAUGUUGAAGAUUGCGUGUGGCGAUAUGCGUCCAAUUCGAUUGAGUCACUCGAGAGGGGUCCCAAAUGCUUGCUUCUCAACUUGGGUGUACUCUUGUAAUUUCAACCAUGUUGCCAGUAGUGGCCUCUGCUUUGUAGAAGACAGAAGGGCAGCACUGUCUUGCCCUUAGAUGUAUGAUAUGAACACCUAGAGAUUUUCAAUAGAUCAUUGUGAAUGUUACUUGUGAGCCUCAACCCUACAAGAUAUGUGAGCAAAUAUAAGCGCAUAUUUAUU